AUGGGUGACGACCGCAAUGUAAACAAUGAAACUUAUGGAAGGGAGCAACCGCAGAAUCAAUACAAUGUGAAUGCACAGGAUGUUCCUUCCUCCAUUAUCCCAGAAAAUGUGAAGCCAUUGACAAGGAGAAGAAGGCAGCAAGUGGCAGAUAUUGACAACCAAAUAAACUUCAAUGCAUCAAGUGCGACUGAGGGUAUAGAUGCACAAGACAGUCCUUCUUGCUCCCUCGCCCAUCUCAAUCCACGGCAGAAAGAGCUUGUUCCAUCCCACAAGACUAUCAAGAUAAAAUUCAAUACGUACGAGUUAAGAAGAUUAGAAAACGUCUUGACGACGGGGUGA